AUGCUGGUCCGCAGGAGCGCGCGCGCGGGGCCGGGGAUGCCGCGGGGCUGGACCGCGCUCUGCUUGCUGAGUUUGCUGCCCUCUGUGUUCACAAGUACAAACAAUUUGACUACUAUUACUAGAGAGUCAUCCACCCCACAGACCUUCUCAGUUGUUCCUACAAAUGUAUCCCAUGGGCAAACUGCAACACCAAGUACCAGUGUUGGAAGCACCAGCCCAUUGCCUGUCUCUCUGGGCAGCAAUCGGACCACAGAAAUCAUCUCAGAGACUACAGCCAAUUUCACAUCUACCUCUGUGGUCACUCCAGUCCUCACAACCACAAACUCUUCUGACCAGUCACAGACCUCUCUAGUCGUCACAGCGUCCACCACCCUAGCCAAAUUUUCAACUUCAGAGAUGACCCGGAAGCCUAGCAUAUCACCUGGAGUUGUUUCAGGCCCCUCACUCAUCCACACCAGCUUUAAGCCAUCUCCCACUGAACCUUAUAUAACGCCUUCUCCUACCACAAGUACCAUCAAGGGAGAAAUCAAAUGUUCAGGCAUCAAAGAAGUGAGAUUGACUCAAGGCAUCUGCCUGGAGCUAAACGAGACCUCGAGCUGUGAGGACUUUAAAAAGGACAAAGGAGAGGACCUGGCCCAAGUGCUGUGUAGGGAGGAGCAGGCUGACGCCAAGGAUGGGGCCCGUGUGUGCUCCCUGCUCCUUGCCCAGUCUGAGGUUAAGCCUCAGUGCCUACUACUGGUCUUGGCCAACAGAACAGAAAUUUUCAACAAGCUCCAACUUCUGAAAAAGCACCAGUCUGACCUGAGAAAGCUGGGAAUCCAAGGUGUCACUGAACAAGAUGUCGUGAGUCACCAAAGCUAUUCCCGAAAGACCCUGAUUGCACUGGUCACCUCAGGGAUCCUGCUGGCUGUCCUGGGCCUCACAGGCUAUUUCCUGAUGAAUCGCCGAAGCUGGAGCCCCACAGGAGAAAGGCUGGUCAGUCCUGGGAUCCAGGGCAAAGGAAUUGAGGAAGACAGGGUCUUCUGGGGAGGUCCAUGGAUUGUGAAUCGAGGGGCUCAGGAGAACGGCACCGGCCAGGCCACCUCCAGAAACGGCCAUUCAGCAAGACAACAUGUGGUGGCUGAUACCGAAUUGUGACUCAGCUUGGGAGGGCAAGGCUGGGCAGUGUCUGGGAAAGCAGCUCCUCCCUGCAUCUGACCACGUGCUGCCUCCAUGCUGGAGGUGACAUCCCUUUGUCCAAUCCUUUCCCACUGUGCACACCUCAGGGGGGCUGUCUUGGGACCCUCCCUGGGGCAGAGGCAGGUAAACUCCCACCCUUUAUGCAUUCAGCGCCUUAAACCCUGUUCUUCUUUGGGUAAAGAUGUGAUGGGGACAAGCUAAGGUCCAGAGAAUCUCCCAGGAAGGGUUGAUGGCCUUGUGGUGUUGGCACAUGGACCCCUUUCCCCUCCUCCCCUCCUCUCUGCUGAAUUGCAGGAGCCCCCAGGGGAAAGGAUGGGCUUUUUUAGGUCAUCAUUUCCUCCCAGGA